UCUAAUUUGCGUUUUAGUGGGAAAUAUUUUCAAAGCUAUGCCGCCCGGGUGCUGCGCGACGGCGGCGGCGGCGAUCGCCUCCAUCGCUCCUCCACGGAUUUCUUCGAAUCGCGGCGGGUCGAAGAGAUCGCAAUGCAACCGCGGCGGAAUCGCGAGGGCGAAGUUUGCAUUGCCGGCGCUUCCCUACGAAUCGAGUGCGCUGGAGCCUUACAUGAGCAAGAAGACGCUGGAGGUCCACUGGGGAAAGCACCAGCGAGGAUACAUUGAGAAUCUAAACAGGCAAAUCGCAAAUACUCCGUUCGAGGGCUAUCUCUUGGAAGACAUUGUCAAAAUAAGUUACAAUAGAGGAAGCCCCCAACCGGCAUUCAACAAUGCAGCGCAGGCUUGGAAUCACGAUUUCUUCUUCACUUCUCUCAAGCCUGGAGGUGGCAAAUCUCCGACUGGCGAGAUUGCCGAGCUUAUUGACAAGCAGCUUGGCUCUUACGAUAAUUUUGUCAAGGAGUUCAAGCUCGCGGCAGCUUCUCAAUUUGGUGCUGGUUGGGCAUGGCUUGCUCUGAAGGAAGCGAAGCUGGUCGUUGAGAAAACUCCAAACGCUAUUAAUCCUCUCAUUUGGGAUCACAUUCCAUUGCUUGUGCUCGAUGUUUGGGAGCACGCUUACUAUCUCGAUUUCCAAAACAACAGGCCAGACUACGUGUCUACAUUCCUGGAGCAUCUAGUAAACUGGGACAUCGUGAAUGCGAGACUGGAUCGAGCCAAAGCGUUCAUGAACUGGGGAGAGCCGGAUUGGGACCUCUUCGACAAGGAUGCAGAUAUCUUAACUUACGAGGAGGCCGGGAUCGACGUGGUUGAAGAUUCAAGCUGAGAAAAGCAAGUGAAGCUCCUCAAGCAACAUGGCUGCAGACAAACUCUGCAAAAGCGGAUGCAACAGCUCGCCAGCCACAGGAGGACGAAGGACAAGAAACAAACUAUUUCAUCGCUUAUACUUAGAUCUGACACGGAAAGUUUUAGACGAGUAAAGCAAGCAGCUAAACGAUCAAUCAAAACUAGCAGAGUGGGCUAGCUUGUUUGCUGCU